AUGCCCGCUAGUAUUCCGGACUCCGCUGCCGCAACAGCUGCUUCAUCUGUCACUGGUGGAGACAUUCCAACACCUCACACUGUCGAGGAGAUGAAACCUGAUCCCAAGUGGAUUCCCCUAGAAAGUAACCCGGAGGUCUUUAACGCGUGGUCUGGAAAGCUGGGACUAACUACCAAGCUGUUCGGCUUCUCCGAUGUGUACGGACUUGAUCCGGAGCUGCUUGCAAUGGUACCAAGCCCUAGCAAAGCAGUUGUCCUCCUAUUUCCGAUUACUGAUGCUACAGAGCAAAAGCGAAAGGAUGAUGAUGAGCGACUUGCAAAGGAGGCUCAACCGGAUAUCGACCCCACUUUGAUUUACAUCAAACAAACGAUCUCCAACGCAUGUGGAACGAUCGGAUUGUUGCAUGCAAUCUUGAAUAGCGAUAUUGUCUUGACACCUGGCAGCCCCCUAGCCCAGUUCAUCGACUUGUGCAAAGGGCGUACUCCUGAAGAACGCGGCAAGCUCCUUGAAGAGACUACGUUGUUUGCUAAAGCUCACAUCGACGCUGCUACAUCCGGCCAAUCUGCCGUUCCCGCACCUGAUCGCCUCGACACCGAUUUGCACUUUACGUGCUUUGUGAUCGCACCAUCUCCUGAGACCAAGGAGAAAAGGCUGAUAGAAUUGGAUGGCCGACGAGCAGGCCCAAUUGACCAUGGCCCUUCUGAACAGGAUAAAUUACUAGAGGAUGUUGCUAAGAUUGUUAAGGAGAGGUACAUUUCAGUAUCCUCGAGCAUCAAUUUCUCUAUGCUAUCCCUUGGUCCGCAUGAUAACUAG